UAAUUUAAAUUAGUUAUAAAAGAAAUAAACUUAUAAAGCGAAUAUUAAUUACGGAGAAAAUUAUCAGCACCCAAUUUUGGAUAAUUGCUUCUUAAAAUCUGUAAAAGUACUUACAAUUAUAGGAAAUUCGUUUUAAACGUUUUAAAAAAUUCCCUCCACUUUUCGGCGUUUGCGCAGCCAUUGUUGAUCGUGACGUCACGAACGUCAUCAUUUCUAACCUAAAAAUUGGCAUCUGCCGAGAAACGUAAACGUUUUGUUUUUGACAUUUUUUUCACAAUAUAGUUUAUAAUUUACACAAUAGUUGUGUAAAUUUCUGCACAAAAAAUAGAAUAAUGAAAUUCUUGUUAUCUGUGAAAUAAGUGACUUACCUAUAGUUUUUUUAGUUAUAUUUUUUCUAACGAAAAAAAAAGAUGAGUGAUAACGAAGAGAAGACCACGGAGAAGAGGAAACGUGAUGAUGUUUCUCCGAAAAAGGAAAAUAAUUCCAGUGAUUCAGAGAAUUAUAAUAAUAAAAAACGAGAUGAUCGCGAUGAUGAUAGAAGACGAGAUUCAAGAGAUUCGAAUAAAAGAAGACGACGAAGUCCCGAUUUCGAUAGGAGAAGAAGGGACGAACGGAACUAUUAUCAUCGUCGACGAGAUGAUCGAGAUUCACGUAGAAGAGAAAGAAGUUAUGAAAGAGAUAGCAGGGAUUCUUACAGAAGAAGAGAUAAUGACGAUGAAAGAAGAAAUCUUAGACGUUAUUGGGAUACAGGGGAUAAAAAUGAGGGUAAAUUUAGAAAUCGAUAUGAUUCCGACGACGAGGUGGAAGUUGGCGAUCGAUUCUAUGGAGGCAGGAGAAAACAAAAUAGAACCGAUGAAAAAGAUGCAACUAGUGAAAAACGAAAGGAGAAUGAGCCUCCAACAAACAAGAAAUCCCAACCCGAGGUUCAUCCAUCAAGGAAAAAGAAUGUCGAUGUUCUCACAACGAGAACAGGUGGUGCAUACAUUCCACCAGCGAGACUUAAAUUAAUGCAACAGGAAAUCACUGAUAAAUCGGGAGCAGCUUAUCAAAGAAUUUCUUGGGAGGCUCUUAAAAAAUCGAUUCAUGGACAUAUUAAUAAAGUGAACACUAGUAAUAUUGGGAUAAUUGUUAGAGAACUUUUGAAGGAAAAUAUCGUUCGAGGACGAGGUUUACUUAGUCGAUCCAUUAUACAGGCGCAAUCUGCUUCUCCAACGUUCACCUCAGUCUAUGCAGCACUCACUGCUGUUAUAAAUUCAAAGUUUCCAGACGUUGGCGAAUUAAUUCUAAAAAGACUGUUAAAUCAAUUUAAACGUGGUUAUCGUCGUAAUGAUAAAGCACUUUGUAUAUCUUCUGGAACAUUUAUUUCACAUCUAGUAAAUCAAGGCGUAGUUCACGAUCUUCUUGUUCUCGAAAUUCUUAUGUUACUUACGGAAAAUCCAACGGAUGAUUCAAUCGAAAUUGCAAUUGCUGUUUUAAAAGAAUGCGGUAUGAAAUUAACCCAAACAUCAAAGAAAGGAAUUGAAUGUAUUUUUACAUCGUUGCGGUCGAUUCUUCACGAGGGAGCUUUAGAUAAGAGAGUUCAAUACAUGAUUGAAGUGAUAUUCCAAGUUAGAAAGGAUGGUUUUAAGGACCAUGAGGCCGUUCCUGAAGGUCUCGAUCUCGUCGAAGAUGAGGAUCAAAUAACUCAUUUUCUUGAAUUCGAGGACGCAAUUGACACUCAGGAUAUAUUGAAUGUUUUUAAGUUGGAUACGGAUUAUGUUACAAGUGAAGAAAAAUAUAGAGCUCUGAUUAAGGAAAUCUUGGAUACGGACAGCAGUGGCUCGGAAGAAGACGGCGAUGAAGAAGAAAGUGAAGCAGAGAGUGAGGAAGAAGAGGAAGGAAAGCAGAAUAUAAUUAUAGACAAUACGGAGACAAAUUUAAAGGCCUUGAGGAGAACAAUUUACUUGACAAUUCAUUCGUCACUUGAUUUUGAAGAAUGCGCUCACAAACUUCUCAAAAUGGAAUUGAAACCCGGACAGGAAGUUGAAUUGUGUCACAUGAUUCUUGAUUGCUGCGCUGAAAACAGAACGUACGAGAAAUUUUUCGGUCUUCUUGCCGGGCGAUUUUGUGCUAUCAAGCAGAUUUAUGUCACGCCUUUUGAGCAAAUUUUCCGUGAUUCCUAUGAUACAAUUUAUCGUCUGGAUACAAAUAAACUUCGUAAUGUUGCGAAUUUUUUCGCUCAUCUCUUCUGUACGGAUUCUAUAUCAUGGGAGGCAAUGUCGUGUAUUAAAUUAAAUGAAAACGAUACCAAUAGUUCCGGACGUGUGUUCAUUAAGAUUUUAUUCCAAAAAUUGUCCGAGGAUAUGUCACUCGCGAAACUAAACGAAAGACUCAAAGAUGCAACUCUGUUUGAAGCAUUCUCUGGCCUAUUUCCAAGGGACGAUCCUAGAAAUACUAGAUUUGCUAUCAAUUUCUUUACAACGAUUGGAUUGGGAGGUUUAACAGAUGAUCUUCGGGAACAUUUGGAGACUCGACCGAAAGUUGUACCUGUUCCACAAAUUGUACCGGAGAAAGAAUCAUCCAGUUCUGAAAGUUCUUCCUCUUCAUCAAGUUCCAGUAGUUCAUCCAGCAGUUCAUCUUCCGACAGUUCGGAUUCUGGUGUUUCAGAUUCUUCUGAGGAUGAAAAGAGAAAAAAGAAGCACAGGAAGAAGCGCGACAACAGUAAUAAAGUGAGCAAAGCUAAAAAAAGGAAAGAAGAGGUCAAGGAUAAGAAGCAGAAGAAGAAGCGAAAGGAGAAGGAGGACGAUAGUAAAGAUAAGAAGAGCAAGAAAAAGCGACGGGAGAAAAAAUAGAAGAGUUGUAUGGAGAUGA